GUGCGCGCUGCCGCGGGCAGGGGCUGAGGCGCAGCAGCGGGCGCGCGCACCGCACCGCACCGCACCGCACGGCACCGGACGGCUCCCGCCAUGACCGCCGCGAUGCGGCAGCGCUUUGACAGGUUCCUGCACGAGAAGAACUGCAUGACCAGCGUGCUGGAGAAAAUCGAGAGCAAGACUGGCGUCAGCCGCACCUACAUCGCCAUCGCUGUCCUCGGGGCGGUGGCCGUGUACCUGGUGAUCGGCUACGGCGCGUCGCUGCUCUGCAACCUCAUCGGCUUCGCCUACCCCGCGUACAUCUCAAUCAAGGCUAUUGAAAGCCCCAACAAAGAUGAUGACACACAGUGGCUGACUUACUGGGUUGUGUAUGGUAUUUUCAGCAUAGCAGAGUUCUUCUCUGAUAUCUUUCUGUCCUGGUUCCCUUUCUACUACAUGCUAAAGUGUGGCUUUUUGUUGUGGUGCAUGGCUCCAAGUCCUUCCAAUGGGGCAGAGUUUCUUUAUCAUCGAAUUAUCCGCCCUUUCUUCCUGAAGCAUGAAGCUCAGCUGGACAGUGUUGUUAAAGACCUGAAAGACAAGGCUGCAGAAACUGCAGAUACCAUCACUAAAGAAGCCAAGAAAGCAACAGUGAACUUGCUGGGUGAAGAGAAGAAGAGUACUUAAACUGGAUAAAGAAUGUUCCCCUACCAUCUCCUUUAUAAAGCUUGAUGUUACUGGGGACUGUGGUAUAACUUUGAUAAUGUUGCCUUGGAAACAUUUUGGUAUCAAAGGAAUGUGUUGUAAGUUUGCUUACUACUUUGCUGUUGUCUGUAUAGAAAGUAAGCAUUUUUAUUUAAAAGCAAUGCAGUGGGCAACAUCUGAAGCUUAUUGAAAAUAUUUUGUCUGACUUCAUGCAGAAGAAAUCUUUCAGUAAUCACCUUCUGCAAACAUAAAUAAAAAGUAUAUAUCCCACAGGCUCUGCACUUUAGUUGUCUCUUUGUGCAUGUAAUUACUCUUAACACUUUAACUGUGGUGUGUCUGGUAACAUAAAAUUUUUGUAUAAGGAAAAUACAGCCUGAAAGGAUUCUCUUGAAGAUGCAGGGAAUUAUUGAGAGGUGACAUAAUGGAUGUAUUCCCCAUUAAUGAAGUUGUAAACGAUGAAACUGUUCUAGGCACCUGCUAUAGAGAUUAUUCACUGUUGCAUGUUUCAUUGUAACUUACAGUAUUUGUUAUAGUGUGUGUAUUCUUAAAUGGAUAGAUACUGAAUAUAGGAAAGAGUAACUUCAUUCAAGUGAUCCAGCUUACAUCAGUGUGAAGUAAUUUGCCAGAAAUUGAAGCAUUAAUGAGAGCAUAGAAUUACUGAAGUACAACUCCCUGCCUUUUUUUGCUAAAAGUUGUCAUCUAAAAUUGAAAAUAGAGUGCCUUGUAAGAUCAACUCAAAAGCACAAACCACUUUUCACUAAGGAGUGGUAUUAUUACAAAUACUUUUUUCUAAAGUCCUGUUGAAAUAGUUACUGUCCUGGAUGUCGAUCCCCAGAAAUAUAUCAAUAAUUAGCAUCACAACCUCUGUGAGCAUUUCCACUCAUUAAAAAAAAAAAAAAAAAAAAAAAAAAAAAAAAAAAAAAAAGUAGUCUGUUCUGACACUAAGAACAACUCUGCAUGAGCACUAAUCCUUCUUGAGGAAAAGGGAUGCUGUUGUCUGAACUAGCUGAUCUAUUCCUGAUCAAUCAGUAUCAAUGCAAGAAAAAGUUGUUAAAAGAAUAUAUUGUUUUGCAAUUCAUGAAAUAGAACUGAAUUCAGAAUAUGGAGAAGUUUAAGCUUAAAUUUUUGAUACGAUAAAAAGUGGUUUCUAGGUCCACUAUCCUAAAUUGAUCAGGUUUUAAGAUAGGCACUGAAGGCUUUUGACUUUCCACAACAAGCUGAUAUAUCAAGACUUUCCCUCUUAAGUUUUCAGGCACUAGAACUAUAAAAGAAUGAAGCAUGCACUAUUAUUUAGCAGAUCAGUUUUACAUUUGAGAGAUACCUAUAUAUGAACAGACAUAAUAGUGUCCUAAGAGUAAGCUCUUUAGACUAAGCUGGAAAACACAGCACUGACUCUCUAAGACAGCACCUACAGCUGUCAAAGAGCAUCUACAGUAGGGAAGUAGGAGAUUCACCAAGCAUCAUUUUCUGUCCUACAGCAUACACUGUUUGUCAUUUGAAGGAAGAAUACAGAAUACUGCAGUAUGUAAAUGAACACAUCUGGCUGGUUACUCAACGACAGCUGUUUGUUAUGAAUAGAUGUACUGCAAAGAGUAAAGUUUACAGCAAAGCUGUGGAUGUGAAAAAGGAGAAAAUUCUAAGAGUGUCACAAUUUAAGCAAGCUGAUUUCUUGUCCUAGCUUCUUCUGUCUUUAGCCCACUGAACUUUGCAAUCCAUACUAAAUCCUAAUGCUGUAUUUUAAACAGUUACAUCCAUAGCAGUCAUACAGGGUCAGUGUAAUUUAGUUUCAUAAAAUAAAUUAUAUAAUGAUACUUACACUUGAGACUGUAUUUGAUUUAGGUACAAAGUACUAAAAAGACUGCUUCUCUAAAAGUUGUUUUUAAGUCUGAGACUUUAAAAGACUAUCCAGGUCUGUGGCAGAGACAAAACUUAAUUCUCAAACAAAUCAUCAGUUUAAAUCAUCAGUCUUUAAAUCCCAUCAUUAUUAACGAGAAAAAACACUUUUAGGUAAGUAGGUGUUAGAGUGAACAUUCAUUUACACUUCUCAGAGAACUUAACAGCUGGGCUUGAUAUCAACUUCCUAUAUUUACAACCCAGUAUUUCUUGAUCCAACAGCUCAAUUUGUGCUCUUUAUCAGAUUUCUACUUGAAGGCAGAACUUCAACCUGUUUGAAAGUUGCUGUUAAUAUAACUUGGUCUCAUUUGCAUUGUUGCAAACUCAAAUGACCAUCUGCAACAUUCUUGGGCUUUUACAAUGAUUCAAUUCUGAGAGCUAAGCAUAUCAUGUCCUUAAAGAGUGAUUCUUUUAUCGAAGACUGAGAAACUUCUGGGAAGACUUUAGUUAAAAGUAAAGAUGCAGGACUAACUGUGCUUUCUUAUGAAAAAGAGUAUUUUCUGCAGCAAGUUACCCUUUUCUGCAAAUAACUCCACUGGGCUGGCCCCUCCUAUCAGUGCUCUUCUCAAGGUUGUCUUCACAACAUUUAUAGGACAAUGUUAAUAGACACUUCUACUCAAUGUCUGUGCAGAAGUUGUAUAUGCUAAAUAAAAAUGGAUACAAAUAAAGAGAUUCUGACAGGACCGGUAAA